AUGCACCAAAUAUUAACUUAUCCUGGUGACUUGAUAUCAUGGUCUAGUCGCAUGCAUAAAAUAUAUGGUGACAUUUACGAAGUUUAUAUAGCUCGUGAACGAUGUAUUUGGGUAUGUCGAGGAGAUCUUUGUGAAGCAAUUUACAAUUCACCAAAUAAAUUCCUUCUUCGUACGACUCCAAAUAACGGGUUGGAUGAAAUUGGUGUUUCUAAGAUUGGAUUAUCAUUUAAUAGAAAUUGGGAACUUUGGAAAUAUUUUAGAGGAAUUGUAACAAAAUCAUUAACAAAACAGAAAUUUUUAAAAGAUUCGUUAGAGUAUAUUCAGGUUUUUUGGGAAGAAAUGGAAGGUUAUUUGAAUGAAAUUGAAAAUUUGGAUGAUGAUAAUAAAAAAAUACUUGAUUUUUCGAAAUGGAUAGCCUGUUCAUCAACUGAUUUGACAUUUUUCCUGACCACUCGUCAGAAUGUUCAUUCAUUGAUAAACUAUUAUUCUACCCUUAAUCAAAACUUUUUACAAAAUACUCCAAAAAGUAUUUUGGAAUCUCCUGAAGAUUUUAUAGAGAACAUUACAUUCUAUCUUGAAAGCUGGUUAUUUUUUGCCUUUACGCCAAAGUUUAUUAGAAUGCUUCCGAGUUUUAAAAAACGUGUAAAGUUUUAUUAUGAAAGAAGAACCUCACUAAGAAAAGAUAUACAAAAAAUUAUUCAGAAAAGGAGGGAGGAGAUUGAUAAUGUAAAUGCUGAGGAGAAUGAUAAGAUAAAAAAUCAAGACAAUGAUGAUGAAUUAAGUUCAGAUUUAUUAACAGCGAUACUCACGAUGAAUACAAACAGAAAUAUUAAAAGUGUCGAAGAUAAUGAGAAUAAUAUGUACAAUAAGCAUAUGACUGAUGAUGAAAUUACAGGACUUUUACUUGAUGUCGUUGCUGGUGGCGUUGAAACGGUAAUGUUGAAAAUUUAUCAAGUUGCAUGUUACUGUGAAUGGAACAAACGUAUGCUAAAUGAAUUGGAUCAAACAUUUGGAUCUGGUUCCGACUAUAAAAUUGAGUUGGAUGCUGUAAAUCAACUCAAAUAUUGUGAAGCAAUUAUUAAAGAAGUCCAAAUGUUUCGCCUUGUUUCAAAAUCUGAAAUUUUUGAAAUUGAUGAAACCUUAGAAAUUAACCUCUGA